GAUACGAAAUUCAUUCAGAAACGUAGAUGAAGUAGGACUGUCAGAAAAUUUUUCGCGCCAAAUCACCCUUAUUGGUAACAAUGAAAUGAAGCUUCAUUCGGAAGCUUCACAGCAGCCUUAAAACUCUGUCUGCUCAAAAAAAAAAAAAAAAAAAAAGACUUUAUCUGCUCAUCUCUACAAACUCUCUUUGAUGGUUAAUAUCCGUUCUUUCUGAAGCACCGUGAGUUGAGUGCCUUCAGUUAAUUAUCCCCCCCGCGUCGUUUCGUUCUUCGUAAGAAGAAGAAAGGAUCGUGGCAAAGCACAGCAGUCUAAAAUUUGACGACAUUAGUGAAGCAUUUCUUGCUAUUUGCUUGGAGGAAGUUCCUGCAGGGUGCAGACCACUACAAGGAUUAUGUAAUGGUAAAUUCUGAUGGCAGAGGCAAAAAGUGAAAUGUUGUUAACAUUAGUACUAAGUUUACUGUGUCAUCAUUUGUCAAACGAGUAGAAAAGCUCUCAGAUAAUCAAAGAAAUGCAAUAAAGAGGAUGGGGUUCAGUCAUCUGCUUGUUAUGCCUAAUCAAAACCUAAGCAAAACUCUUUUAGCGGAAUUGAUAGAAAGAUGGAACUGUGAAAAGAAAGCUUUUGAACUUCCUCCUGGCGAGAUAAAAGCCACAUUAAUGGAUAUUGCCUUAAUUCUUGGAAUACGUGUUACUGGUGAGCCUGUAGUUUUAACAGAUGAACCUUUUUCAGAAUUGGAGAAAGUGUAUGGUUCUUCUUCACAGAAUAGGCAGAUCACUGUAGCAUCACUUGAAAGGAGGUUACAGUCUCUCAGUAUGGUGACUAAUGAAGAGUUUAUUAGGACUUUCAUUUUAUUUAUUUUUGGAGCGCUUCUGUUUCCAAAUGCUGAUGGGACAAUAGACUCUCGUUAUCUUUAUUUUCUCAAAGACCUAGACAAAGUGCCACACUUUGCAUGGGGAGAAGCAGUCCUUAGGGAUUUAUAUUUCUGGUUAGAUAGAAGAAAAAGAGAAACUGUAGAAUACAUGGGAAGUUGCCUCAUUUUUCUCCAGAUAUGGUCCUAUGAACAUAUUGAUAUUGCACGACCUAUCUUCCAAGGGUCAAAGCUAUCCUUUCCACGUGCAUGCCGAUGGAAAAAUUCCACAUCUUAUACAAGGCAAUGGUUUACUACCAAGUUUGAAAACUUGAAGGAAAAGCAGAUAAUUUGGCAGCUUAAACCAACUGCAGAGGAGUCGAAUAUUGAUUUUGUCAGAGAGUUAUUAGAAGCGGAAAAAGACAAUUUGGAGGCCCUCUCUACAUCGAACCACUUAUUAAGAAAUGAUGCAGUCAGUGAUGUUAUAAAAUUGGAAGAGUCGGAAGAUAUAGUUGGAGAAUUACUGGAGGCUCAAAAAGACAAUUUAAACCUUCCAACAUCACAACUCUCUCCUACGAUUGCUUCAAUCGAAAAUGAGGAUAGCCUAAGAACAAGAAAUCAGAUAUUAGAAAAGCAGAACUUGGAAUUGAAAAAGGAGGUAGACUUCUUAAGAAAAGAAAAUCAGAACUUAAGAAGUCAGCUCUCGUCCGUAGGUAAUCUUGCAGACCGUCUAGAAAGAAUAUUAUUUGAUGGAGAUGUGAACAAGGAGAAGGAAGAGACAUCCACUAAUUCUGUUCCAUGAAAAUUGAAAAGGGUAAAAGAAACUAACGUCCAUGUUCAACAUCGUUCCUAUUACUUACUCUGUUGGGUUUACAUUGGGCAAGGCUGUUGGUUUGUAUAUUAGUGACUGGAUUUGGGAUUUGGGAGGUGGGUUUGUACAUCAUGCUUAUCUCCCAUUUUAAUGAAAUUGUUUAAUGAUGAGGAAAAAUAAUAACAAAUGAAUUAAUUA